UCAAACACCACAGUGCGCGCAGCGGAGCAUCCCUCCUCGGACCGGUCCACCAGGAGCAUCUGUCCACACAGCAGAGCCGUGCGUCACCGCAGGUGUCGGGGCAAACUGCCUUUUUUUUUGUUUUUUAUCACACCACUUCUUUUCUUUUCUUUUCUUCUUUUUUUUUUUUACCCUCAGCGCUAUACUAUACAACACACGCAUCACAGGCCGCGUCUGGAGAUGCGUCUUCCGGUGCGCCUGGAGGACAUGGGACGGUCGUGUUGCGCUCCUCUGCUGCUCCUCCUCAUCCUCUCCCUCGCGCAGACCAAUGCAUUGACGACAUGUAGCACAAAGCAGUUCCAGUGUGGGAAUGGGAAAUGCAUCACGGUCCGAUGGGUGUGUGAUGGCACAGAUGACUGCGGAGAUGGCACCGAUGAACUACCCGGUACCUGCUUGGCUAGAACCUGUGGGCCGACAGAAUUCAGCUGCCAGGACCGACUGAACCAGUGUGUACCCAACACAUGGCGCUGUGAUGGAAAGGCUGACUGUGAGAAUGGAGCAGACGAGGAGACUUGUGCACCCAGGCAGUGCACAAACAGCGAGUUCCGCUGCGGGAGCGGCCAGUGCGUCUCCGCCUCCUUCGUGUGCGACGACGAGGCCGACUGCGACGACGGCAGCGACGAGGCCUCCUGUCCGCCCACCACCUGCAGCGCCACCGCCUUCCAGUGCAACAACACCGUUUGCGUGCCGCGCCUGUGGGCCUGCGACGGUGACGCCGACUGCGCCGACGGCUCGGACGAGUGGCCGCAGAACUGUGGCACCAGGAGUCCUGCCUCUGCGGACACUCACCAGUGCUCCUCCCUGGAGUUCCGCUGUGGCAGUGGGGAGUGCAUCCACAGUAGCUGGAGGUGUGAUGGAGGAGCUGACUGCCUCGAUCGAUCAGAUGAAGCCAACUGUGCUCGUCCGACCUGUCGUCCGGACGAGUUUGAAUGCGGCGAUGGAACUUGCAUCCACGGCAGCCGUCAGUGCAACCACCAGUACGACUGCAGGGACAUGAGCGAUGAAACCGGCUGUGUCAAUGCGACCCACUGUGAGGGCCCAACCAGGUUUAAGUGCCGCAGCGGGGAGUGCAUCAGCAUGGAGAAGGUGUGCGACCAGCAUCGCGAUUGCAGGGAUUGGUCAGAUGAGCCUCUGAGGGAAUGUGGUUCCAAUGAGUGCCUGUUCAGCAACGGUGGCUGUUCUCAUAUCUGCAGAGACCUGAGAAUUGGCUACGAGUGCCUGUGUCCUGCUGGAUAUAGCCUGGUUGACCAAAAACGCUGCGAAGAUAUUGAUGAGUGUGCCAACCCGGACACCUGCAGCCAGAUCUGCAUCAACCAGAUAGGCAGCUACAAAUGCGAUUGUGAGGAGGGUUACCAAGUUGACCCGGCAACCAAAGCCUGCAAGGCCAUCGGUACAAUUGCAUACCUCUUCUUUACCAACCGUCAUGAGGUCCGAAAGAUGACUUUGGACAAAAGUGAGUACACCAGAGUGAUCCCCCGUCUCAAGAACGUUGUGGCCCUGGACAUGAACAUGGCCACCAAAGAGAUCUACUGGUCAGACAUAUCCCAGAAGAAAAUCUUCAGGGUCCAGAUGGACUCGGCUGACGACACCACUCGCCACAACGUAGUGAUCGGCAGCGACAUCGAUGCUCCGGAAGGCAUCGCCUUCGACUGGAUCCAUGGUAACCUGUAUUGGACUGACAGCAUUCGCAGCACCAUCUCUGUGGUCACUGCUGAUGGUAGCCAUCGCAAAACUCUCUUCCACCAGGACUUAUCGAAACCCCGUGCCAUCGUCGUUGACCCCCACAACAACUUCGUCUACUGGACAGACUGGGGAAAUCCUGCCAAGAUAGAAAAGGGAGGUCUUAACGGAGGAGACCGCAUUGCUCUGGUCACUGACAACAUCGUUUGGCCUAACGGCAUUACACUUGACCUGCUGAACCAGCGGCUCUACUGGGUGGACUCUAAGCUUCACACCCUCUCCAGUAUCGAUGUGCAGGGCGGUGGUCGACACACCCUCAUCAUCGACGAACACAAGCUGGCUCACCCACUGGGACUCACUGUGUUUGAGGAGAGAGUUUUCUGGACAGACGUCAGUAACAGCGCCAUCCUGAGCGCAAACAGGCUCACGGGCGAGGACAUUGUACCAGUGGCGGAGCACCUAUCGUCGCCAGAAGACAUUAUUCUGUACCACAACCUCAAACAACCUGCUGGGAGGGAUUGGUGCCGGGUGUUCAACGGCGGCUGUGAAUUCAUGUGCCUGGCAGCUCCUCAGGUGGGCAGGCAUCCCCCCAAAUAUACCUGCGCCUGUCCGGAUAACAUGAUGCUAGCCAGAGAUAUGAGGUCGUGUGUACCAGCGGUGCCAACACCCGCCGCUCCUCCGCAGCCUCAAACUCCGCCGACCAAUCCCCCUCGUCUGCCACCGUUGCCACCCAGGACCACACCCAGACCCCAGGUCCAAACCACCGCCGCGGUGCCCAGAGUGAUCAUCGGCGCCGCAACCAAGCCCGUACCACGUACCUCCAAGCCCCUGGCCAGCACCACAACACGUCAACCAAUGACCCCCUCACCCCAGCCAGUGAAGCCUGAAAUGUCCCACACCACCACAGAGGCUCCAAACACCUCUCCGGAUGUGCGACAAGAAUUGGCUGCAGCCGUGCACAAAUCAGCCUCCGCCGCACCAAUAGCCCUGUACAUCGUCUUACCUCUGGCCAUCGCUUGUCUCGUGGCCGUUGGUGUCAUGCUGCUGUGGAGGAACUACAGGCUGAAGAACACCAACACGAUUCACUUUGACAACCCCGUCUACCAGAAAACCACGGAGGACCAAGUGCACAUUUGGAGGAGCCACAGCCCCGAUGGUUACGCUUACCCAAAGAGACAAAUUGUGAGUUUGAACGAAGAGGCGGACAAUCCAGCCUUCACGGAAAACUGAAAACAAUGUCAGCACUGUGGAGAGAAGAGAAUCGGCGAUAAGCUGUCUUUUUUUUUUUUACCUCACCUCAGCACAACCAUAUGGACACAACCUUUGCGUGGGAAGUGGCGUACGCACGCUUCCAGCCCCGUUUUGUGCGUACGCCACGUUUAUAAAUGAGACCCGUGUUCUUUUACCUCUCAUCCCCGACCCUGAUCCUGAUGCCUUAACUGGAGAACAACUGUGUCAUGGUCAAAGCCUCAUCGUGUCUUGCUGCUCGCGCGUCAGUCCAACUGAACUCACUGGACGCAACCAAUCUUAAUCAUGUUCCAUAGAAUUCACAAAUGGGUGCUGUAAAUAUCACUGUUUGUUAUCUUUUGUAUUUCAGUGUCAAGCGAUAAGCUGUUGACGGGAUAUUGUCAUGUCGUAGAACUAUUUAUGGUUUAAAGCGAUAGGAGACAUUUUUGGGGGAAAUAUGCAUUGUUUCUUUCUUGGCUUAGAAUGAACCUACCGGCGGCAGUUUUCAGGUUAACUUAGCACAAAAACAGGAAAUGGAAAAUGCUUGCGCGGCACUGUCCAUAGUUUCAAAAGCCGCCAAUGUUACGGAAUUUGCUGUAGGUUCACCUCAGAGAAAAGCAACACACACUGUGCCUUGAACACUGUACCCUACGGUGACCUGCAGAUUUCACGUUGCAAGCUGGCCACAUUGGUCACGGUGUCCUUUAUGCGGCUGUCUGUAAUUUCACAGUUUCCGCCCCGACACUUAUUCCGCUCCAUUCUAAUGAUUUGCGAUCGGCUGUCUGUACGCUGGACAGCAUCUUUAAAUCGCCCCUCCCUACGCCCCUCUCAGGAGGGGCCUGUGCAUUCCCCACAGUCAGAAGAAGCUUUGAUGCAGUCACGUGUGACCAGUGGGGCCCUGUCCAAAUGCCCCGUACUGUGCCACGUGGAUAUAUUUACAUCCUCCCUUAAAACCAGAACUUCGUCUUGCCUUAUUCCAACAUUCCGGACAUAAAAGCGUGUGCCUUUUUUAAUGUCAGGAUUUGUUCACGUGUUCACGUUGGUGCUAAUGAACUCAGUGGAUCUGUACAGAAUUAACGUGACUGCCUGUUUACAAGAGACUGUUUAAAGGGAUGUGGCAGCAUCACGUGCCGCGGGAGGCUACACACGUAGAGAUGUGUCACUGUGUUGUGGGCUGAUGACCGUUGUGAGGCUUUUUUGUUCGACAAACUAAUUCCUAAGUGCUAGUGAAGCUGUUUCGGAAAUGUAAAUGUAAAUAUAAUGUUCAUAAAUGUAAAUAUUUGUUCUUUAUUUUUUGGGGGGUGAUGAUGCCAAUGUUUUAGACUUUUUUGUGAACCUUAAACAUUUGCUGUACAUAAAUAAAUGCUUCUAUUUAUUAUA